AUGAAAAUCUUUCGCUUUUUGAUGGCCUUGGCCGGCCUAGCAUCAGCUCAACUGGCUGCCGCUGGCUCCCAAGCACCCUUAACCGACGCCUCCACCACUGGCUCUUUCGCGAGAACCUCCGGCCUGAACUUUGGUAUAGACGGCAAGACGGGGUAUUUUGCUGGGUCGAAUGCCUAUUGGAUUGGGUACCUGACCGACGACAACGAUGUGGACCAGGUAUUCGCGCAUUUGCAGGAAGCAGGCCUCAAAAUCCUGCGCGUCUGGGGGUUCAACGAUGUCAACGAAAAGCCCGAGGAGGGAAGGAUUUGGUACCAGCUGCACAGGAAUCGACGCUCAUAUAUCAAUACCGGAGCCGACGGACUGCAACGGCUCGACUCUGUGGUUUCCUCGGCCGCGAAAUACGGCGUCAAGCUUAUUAUCAACUUCGUCAAUCAUUGGGAUGACUACGGCGGAAUGAACGCAUACCUGAACGCGUACGGAGGAUCCUGGAAAUCGGACUUUUAUACCCACGAGGAUAUACAAACCGCUUAUCGCACUUAUAUCAAGGCCGUCGUGACCCGGUAUCGCGACUCCGCUGCGAUCUUUGCCUGGGAGCUGGCCAACGAGCCUCGUUGCAAAGGAUGCAACAGCACCGUGAUAAACAAUUGGGCGGAGGAGACGAGCAGAUACAUUAAAUCGCUCGAUGCGCGGCACAUGAUCGGCAUCGGAGAUGAGGGAUUCGGUCUCUGGACCGGCUCAGAUGACAGCUAUCCCUACCAGUUCGCAGAGGGAACCAACUUCGGGAACAACCUCGCCAUUCCCACUAUUGAUUUUGGCACUUUCCACCUCUAUCCGGAUCAAUGGGACCUAUACAGCUUGUGGGGGAAGGACUGGGUGUCCUCGCAUGAAGCAGUGUGCCGGGCGGCCGGUAAGCCGUGUAUUUUGGAGGAAUAUGGCUCUAAUUACAGUCGCUGCAGCACUGAGAAGCCGUGGCAGCAAACAGCACUGGACGAGGAAGGCGUCGCAGCAGAUCUGUUCUGGCAAUGGGGGGACAAAUUGAGCGCUGGACGAUCACCGAAUGAUGGCUACACAAUCUAUAUGGAUUCGGAAGAUUUCCAGUGUCUGGUUACAGACCAUGUAGCUGCUAUAGGAGAGUUGAAUAUACCUCCUUUGUGA